AUGGCGCAUGCGUUGCCCGCUCCCUGUACGUCAGUGACGCGACACAAAGGCGGUGGGGCGCUCGCUUGGCGCCGCCAAGCGGCCGCGGGAACGUGCGCCAGUGGCGUGCUAGCGGGGCACGAGCUUGAGCCCCUCAAAACUGCGGCCCCUAUAUUUCUGCACAGAUUCCACAGCCGAUGCACCAUGACUCCACUCACAGAGCUGAGUAGACCGGAGGGAGGGGACAUUGCUAAAAUGAACCUACUGAACAUGGACGCGGAAAACCGCGUGGUGCUGAACGUUGGUGGCAUCCGACACGAGACGUACAAGGCGACGCUGAAGAAAAUACCGGCGACGCGGCUCUCGAGGCUCACCGAGGCUCUCGCGAACUACGAUCCAGUUCUCAAUGAGUACUUCUUCGACCGUCAUCCGGGCGUCUUCGCGCAAGUUCUCAACUAUUACAGGACUGGGAAGCUGCAUUAUCCAACAGACGUUUGCGGGCCGCUGUUUGAAGAGGAGCUCGAGUUUUGGGGUCUUGACGCGAAUCAAGUUGAGCCAUGUUGUUGGAUGACUUAUACCCAGCAUCGGGACACCCAAGAAACCCUAGCCGUCCUCGAUCGCCUCGACUUAGACACGGAGAAACCGUCUGACGAGGAAGUCGCCCGCAAAUUCGGAUUUGAGGAGGACUACUAUAACGGAACGGUAUCGUGGUGGCAGCAACUCAAGCCGCAGAUGUGGUCUCUCUUCGAUGAGCCGUACAGUUCGAAUGCAGCAAAGAUAAUCGGUGUGAUUUCGGUGUUUUUUAUAUGCGUAUCGAUAAUCUCGUUCUGUCUGAAGACUCAUCCAGACAUGAGAGUGCCGGUGAUUAGGAAUUAUACGGUGACAACCGCGAACCAGACACAAAGCUGGGCCCUAGAUAAAGUGCAAACGAACGCGCACAUAGCUUUUUUCUACAUCGAAUGCGUGUGCAACGCUUGGUUCACGCUCGAAAUACUAGUGCGGUUCAUCUCGUCGCCGAACAAGUGUGAAUUUGUCAAGUCGUCCGUCAACAUCAUCGACUACAUCGCUACGAUGAGCUUCUACAUCGACCUCAUCCUCCAGAAAUACGCGUCGCACGUCGAGAACGCGGACAUCUUGGAGUUCUUCUCGAUAAUCAGGAUCAUGAGACUUUUCAAGCUCACCAGACACUCAUCCGGCCUCAAGAUACUAAUACAAACUUUUAGAGCGUCAGCUAAGGAGUUGACGCUUCUAGUUUUCUUCCUUGUGCUCGGAAUAGUCAUAUUCGCGAGUCUAGUUUACUACGCGGAGCGUAUACAAACGAAUCCGCACAAUGAUUUCAACAGCAUACCAUUGGGGUUAUGGUGGGCAUUGGUCACCAUGACAACAGUGGGAUAUGGGGACAUGGCGCCGAAAACAUAUGUUGGUAUGUUCGUCGGAGCCCUUUGCGCGUUGGCGGGCGUGCUGACAAUAGCUUUGCCGGUGCCGGUCAUCGUGUCCAAUUUCGCCAUGUAUUAUUCGCAUACACAAGCGAGGGCGAAAUUGCCUAAGAAGAGGCGGAGAGUGAUUAAUGUUGAGCCAACCAGGCCACCCCUAAGAGCUCCAGGCGUUCCUGGAGCCCCAGCAGGGCCAUUAGCACCCGGAAUGGGGCCACAAGCAGUGAACAGAAGGAUGAAUGCUAUUAAGACCAAUCACCCUAAAGAUAUGAUGGGACCUAACAUGGGCAACAAUCACCAAUCUCCCAUUUAUUGUAACACGAGACCAGCAGCAACUCAAAUACAACUGAACACAGCGUUGCGAGCC